AUGAAGUCGGUGCUGGCGGUUCAACUGCUCGUUCUGAGCUGUUUUCUGUUUGGAAAUUCCCUAGCUGUUCCAUUAGAACCCCAUUCCAGCAGUUCCGUAGACUACUGGACCAGCAAUGCCCAACAAACAAUCGAGAACAUCCUGCGCCAACGGGAGAACCGAAACGUUGCCAAGAACGUCAUCCUUUUCCUGGCCGAUGGGAUGUCCGUUUCGACGGUGGCGAUGGCCCGCAUGUACGCCGGCGAUGAGUCCACCAAGCUGUCCUUCGAGAACUUCCCCUUUAUCGGGAUGUCCAAGACGUACUGCGUGAACAAGCAGGUCCCGGAUUCGGCCUGCUCGGCCACUGCCUACCUGACCGGAGUGAAGGGUAACUACGAGACGUUGGGGGUCAAUGGGAAGAUUCCUAGCUAUGACUGUACUGCGGAGUUGGACGAGUCCACGCAUACGUUCUCGAUCGCUCAGUGGGCGAUGGAUGCCGGGAAGGACGCCGGACUGGUGACGACCACUAGGGUGACGCACGCGUCGCCUGCCGCUGUUUACGCCCAUACUUCCAAUAGGGAUCGUGAGAAUGACAACGAAGUGAAGAAGGAUGGAUGUGAUCCGAAUGUCACGAAGGACAUCGCCAUGCAGUUGGUGUACGGAAAGACCGGUCAGGGAUUGAAGGUCAUUUUGGGUGGUGGGCGGCGAGAAUUUCUGCACAAGCAUCCGGAUCCGGAGACGGGUAGCAACGGUAAGAGGAAAGAUAGCAGGAAUUUGAUUGAAGAAUGGCUGAACUUGGCUGGUCCGGGUGAGAACAGGACGUACGUGUGGAAUCGCGACGAUCUGCUUGGAGUUGAUCCAGCCAAGACUGAUAGGUUGUUCGGAAUGUUUGAUCCCAGUCAUUGCGUGUAUAACUUGGAGCGGAUACAGGAAGGACUGGAUCAGGAGCCGACACUAGCGGAGAUGGUGGAUAAGGCGACGGAUAUGUUACGUAAGAGCGACAAGGGUUUCUUCUUGUUUGUAGAGGGGGGUCGAAUCGAUCAUGCCCACCAUCGGAACUGGGCUAGGCUAUCGCUGGACGAGACGGUGGAGUUUUCAAAGGCGGUCGAGUUGGCAAGGAACAAGUUCAGUGACGAGGAUACUUUGAUCCUGGUCACCUCGGAUCAUUCACAUGCUGUGACGUAUUCCGGAUAUUCGUCGCGAGGUAAGGACAUUCUGGGGGCCCAUAACGACGCCAACGAUGACCUUCCGUACAAAACCGUCAGCUAUGCCAACGGGUUGGGAUUCUACGAUCACGUCAGUCCCUCCGACGGGGGACGGGUGAACGUUGGAAAUCUGGACGCCAAGUGGCGAGAGUUCCGAUAUCCGGCAACGCUACCGCUGGAGUCGGAAACACAUGGCGGAGAGGAUGUGGCCGUGUACGCUUCCGGUCCGUGGGCACAUUUGUUCAAAGGAACCUACGAGCAGAAUGCGAUUCCUCACAUGCUUGCAUAUGCGUCCUGUGUCGGAGAUGGCUUGAAGGCGUGCUCGUAG